CAGCAAGUUAUAUAAUGUAGAGUCAUAAGAAUGAUUGCAAAAGAGAUCAUGUUUUUAUUUUUUAUAUAACUCAGCAGUAAGUCAUGUUAAUUAUAGGCUACAGUCUGUUUUCCAAAUAUAAACAAGCAUAUUAGACACACGCCUGCCAAACACGUAAUCCAUCUGCAACAACAGGCUUCUAUUGACUAUAAUCAUAUAAAUGUCAGAUCUGGUUACACUAACACACAAUUGUGACCACGGACAUAAAGUGAUGUUAAUUUGCUCAUUAUGUCUGUUUGAUCCAGAUAAAAGCAGCUGCAGCUAUAAAGAGACUGAGCGCGCUCCCUCGGCCGGCAAUCACUUUUCAGCACACCUGAACUAUGCUCUGCUGUCCAGUCUUUCUGACCAUGUAAAAUCUGAUUUCAGGUCUGCUAACACCGUAUACAGUCUUUAUUAACGCACAGUUAAAAACGGGGACAUUUGCGGGCACAGCUCCAGGCGGGGACGGGCCACUGAAACCAGGGACGUCUGGUGACCCUCGUUUAUAAACACAUCACAAUGAAAUCUGAUGUGCGUUAGAUUUACAUGAUAAAUUAUGAUGAUUUCACUGUUAUGGUACAUAGAACUCAAAGCUCUGUAUGAAUUAAAUAUACUUUUUAAAAGCAUCUUCAUCUGGUCUUUUUUCUGCCUGAGAAACACCCUCAAAAACUCAAACGCAGCUGUUUGUAAAUCCAUCAAAGUUCUUCCUGCUGUCAGCUAGUUGUUACUACAGGAAAGUCUUUCCUGGUUACCUUUAAGUAGCGGAAGCACUGUCCAAUCAAAAGCUACUAAUUAUGUAAACACGAUGUCACUGUAGCAUUGCUAGCAAUUAGAGACAGUCAUGCUAGCAGCUUUGUGAGGCAGCACAGCAAAACAUUGAGCUAACAUGCUAAUGUUCACCAUCCUGGUUUAGCACGCUAACAUUAGCUCAAACACAGAUUACAGCUGAGGACACAUUAAAACGUUGAGCGGGUAAAAAGACCUGAGCUCAUGGAUCGAUUUGUAGCUCUGUGCAGCCGAGUCAUGGCUGAUGGACCUUCACAGGGAGGUGUCACCGCAGGUCGGGCUCCCUGAGGAUCACCUCCUUGUUAAUUGUGUGGUCAGAGUGUGAAGAAUGAGGGUCACAUGUUUGUGACCGUCACCUCCAAACCACCAACCACACGACGUCCUGCACGUCUCAUUCAAACAGUUGAAAUGUCUCAGGGUCACUUACAUUCAGACCUUUCAUGGGGGAUAACAGGCGUGAUAUUUAAGGGUUUCUCUCGAUAUUCUAAAUAAAUUGGUACCUACUGCUGAACUGGCUGAUGUUUCAUUUCAUGCCAACAAGAUUUACUGAAUUGUGCUGGAUUUGACUGAGGGAGAGAGAGACCCGGAGAUAAAGGGGAGAGAGAGAGAGAGAGAGAGAGAGUCCUGGUGUUGGUCCUCCAGUGUCAGUUGGAUUAUGGCUCCCAGGAGGAUGGAAACUAAACCGGUGAUCUUCUGUCUGAAGACGCUGCUGCUGCUCUACUCUUUGAUCUUCUGGGUGACAGGUGUCGUCCUGCUGUCAGUGGGGUUAUGGUGGAAGUUCAUGUUGGGCCCCUACAUGUUGUUGAUCUCCAGUGGCCCCUCCAACGCUCCGUACGUCCUCACCGGCACCGGAGUCGCCAUCGUGCUGUUUGGACUGUUCGGCUGCUUCGCCACCUGCAGGGGGCGCCCCUGGAUGUUAAAACUGUACGCUGUGUUCCUGUCUGUGGUCUUCAUGACUGAACUUAUCGCUGGAAUCUCUGGAUUCGUCUUUCGGCAUGAGAUUAAAGGGACAUUCUUCACUUCGUACAGCGACGCAGUGAUGAAAUACGAUGGGCGAGAUGACAGGAGUCUGGCUGUGGACGGUGUUCAACGUAGAUUACACUGCUGUGGAGUUUAUAACUACACCAGCUGGUUCAGCAGUGUGUAUUUUCCGGUCAGUGGGAUUCCUUCCAGUUGCUGCGUUACUUUCUCUGACUGCAGCAUAGCAGACCUGAAGAACGCCACUCUGGCUGCAAACAAAGUCCACAAACAGGGUUGUUACGAGUUGGUGACGUCCUUCAUAGAGAGCAACAUGGGAAUCAUCGCUGGAGUUACUUUUGGCAUCGCCUUCUCUCAGUUGAUAGGGAUGUCUCUGGCCUGCUGUUUGUCUCGCUUCAUCAACGCCAACCAGUACGAGAUGGUGUGACAGAAAAGGGACCGUGAAGCACGUUACCAUGGGAACCUGGAAACGCAGUCACAUCUUGAAUGAACCGGUUGACAUUCGUCUUGUAUUUAUUAUAGUUUUUUUCUCUGUGUCUGUGAAAAAACCUGAAUCCCUGAAAGUUUUUUGUCUUUCACACUUUCAUGAAGCCGAUUGUGAAAAUCUGUCGAGGUUCACAUCAAGACAAAUGACACCAUUAAAUAAUAAUAAUAAUAAUAUGAAAUAAAUGUAAAAGUUUCCUGUAUUUUUUUUUUUAUUUUGUUGAUGGGAUUAUGUUUAUGUCUUCAGUUGCAAUGGAAAUGUUUAAUGGUUCAAAGUCAUGUGAUUGAAGUAAAGCACCUCGAGGUGAGAUUGUUCACUGUGCUGUAGUUUAUUUUGGGUUUAUCUGGCAGACACUCCUAAAUAAAUGUGUAUGGGACUCAGCUGGCUGUUACUACGAACAGUAUUUUAUUUAUAUUUGUCAGUGUUUUGUACCGUGGCAGCAGCAGCUCACAGUGACGAGACACUUUAAUAAAACAUCAGUCAAUCAGCCGUCUUCAGAAAAUCGAUCUGUUUGGAGUGAAGCUGUGAGUUCAAACUGUGAAACAUCAUGUGCUGAGAAAUAAAACAGGAAAUAAACACAAAGACAGAAACAUCUCAAAGAACAUGCAGCGUUCAACUGUCUAUUUAUUUUCUUAGGGGUUAUUAUGACAAGUUGGAACUUCUGAUUCUAAUUUUGAGUAUAAAAACACUUGAAACAAUAAAAAAACACGUGUUAACAAUGAUAUUUUAUGUUUGUAAGUAUCAUGUAUAAACAAUUGUAAAAUAAAAAAAUGUUUUAUUCUGUCUUGUUUACAAAAGUCACUUAGAUUUGUUGACUUGUUGAGGACAGAGGGUCAUUGAAAUCUAAUAAUUAAAUGCUACAACUACUAUUAAUAAAACGUAUUUCCCCGCAGACAUAUCUUUAGUUAAACUUUAUAGUAAAACAUCUGUUUUAUUAUCCUCAGCAAAUGUGACCUUUAUUUAUUGAAUCUUAGAAGAUGAAAUUACUUUAUUACAAAACUAAUGACAGCCAGAAAAUACACAGAAAACUGAAUAAUAACUAAAGAUUGUAUAAAAUACGACCAUUAAUUUCACUUGACACAAAAUACAAACAAUAACAGGAGAUGGCGUUUCAGAAAAAGAGGAAAAUAACAGCGUAUAAAUAAAUAAAUACAAAAGUUAAUUUGUUGUUGAUAUGAAAACAAAUGUAUGAAUUAAAAUAUAAAAGAAAAUAAAGUAUCCAUAAAUAAGUAAAUAAAUUAUUAAUCUACUGUUGAUAUGAAAAUAACGUUUUAAUAAAUAUGCUAAUUAAUAUUUACGU